AUGUCCUCCACUGCAAUCAUCAAUGUUCAAGUUUUUGACGGCGAAAACAUUCACCCAGAUACGACAGUGGUUGUAUCUGGCCCGACGAUAACUAGUGUGGGAGGAAUUGUUCCUGAUGGAGCAGUAGUUAUUGACGGCAAAGGGUGUACGCUGCUACCAGGGCUCAUUGACUCCCACGUUCACACGGGAGUACCACAGCUAGGGCUUGCUCUCAGAUUUGGGGUAACGACGGAGUUAGAGAUGAUGGGACAUUGGACCAAAGGUCAGCGGGGGGAAAUUUCUGAAAGGGACGACCUGGCUGAUCUACGCUCUGCGAACUAUGGCCUGACACCGCCAGAUGGCCAUCCCAACCAAUUGACCAAAAACCUCGAUCUGCCGGCGGCUCUCCCGCAUCAUUCCGGCGGUUCACCAGGUGACCCACUGCUCAUACAUGCGCGAACAACAGAUGAGGCGAUCGCUUUUGUGAGGCAGCGUGUCAAAGAAGGUGCGGACUACAUUAAAAUCAUGAUCGAAGAAGGCUCAGUCUUCCGAUCCCCUGGCCUUCCAACCUUGCCUCUGGAGACAAUAUUGGCGGCAGUUCAGGAAGCACAUAAUCAUAAUAAGUUGGCGAUCGCGCACGCCUUGACUUAUGAUGCUGCACAAGAGGCCGCUAGAGCAGGCAUCAAUGGACUGUCUCAUCUGUUUAUCGACCGUGGUGCCGAUUCCAGUAUCAUCAAGAAUCUAACAGGCAUAUUCAUCACGCCCUGUCUCUGCCUCAAUGCUUCUAUCUUGGGAAAGAAACCCACAGAUUUCGCCGCGGACCCUCGGGUGUCUGCAAAGCUUCCUCCAGUUUGGCUCACUCACCUUGAAGGCAGCAUGGGCACGUUUCCUGACAGGAAUUUCGAUGUCGUGCUGAAGAGUGUAGCGGACCUGCAUCAAGCUGGAAUCGAUAUUCUGGUUGGCACAGACAGUUCUUUCCCGGUGCCUUAUCUUGCUGGCAUUGCUCACGGUGCUAGCGUGCAUCAUGAAUUACAGCUCUUGGUGCAGUCUGGCUUCAAUCCAAUCGAGGCGUUACGUGCAGCUACAAGUGUGCCAGCCCGUUACUUUGGCCUGAACGACCGAGGACGAAUCCAGGAGGGACUUCGUGCAGACUUGUUGCUUGUGGAAGGGGAUCCAACGAGCGACAUUCGAAACACAUUAUCUAUUAGAUCUGUUUGGAGACGCGGCACCCUAUUGUACUCCACCCUAUAG